CAAAAUAUCUCGACAAUGGCGAGACCACGCGUAUCGCUGCAGCGCCAUGUAGAAGACUUCGAAGUCCACGAGGACGCCAAGGAGGAGGACGCUGAGGAGACACUGGACGAGAGCAUGGAUCCGCUCGAGGAAAGCGGCCCCAUAAUGGACGACAGCGACGAGGACGUCGAGGAAUCCGUCGCAGACGACAUGGCGCGCUUUGAAGAGACGUUUGUCGGCAUAAACAAGCGGUUUCGACUGAUCAACCGCAUCGGUGAGGGCACUUUUUCGACGGUGUACAAAGCAGAGGACCUGGAAUACGAUAAAUAUGGCAACACCUGGGACAUGGACGAGCAUGACGACCCCAAAUGGGCGACGAAACGACCCGCCAGGCGGCCCCAUUAUGUUGCUAUCAAGAAGAUCUAUGUCACAAGCAGUCCCAUACGCAUCUUCAACGAGCUCGAACUACUCCACGACCUGAGAGACUCGGACUCGGUAUGUCCGCUGAUCACCGCCUUCCGCCAUCUGGACCAGGUCGUCGCUGUGUUACCUUACUUCCAACACCACGAUUUCCGUGACUACUACCGCGACAUGAAGAUUCCCGAGAUGCGCCUCUACUUCCGCAGCCUGUUUACUGCACUGCGAUCAGUGCAUGCGAAGAAGAUCAUCCAUCGCGACGUCAAGCCAACCAACUUUCUCUACAAUCCCUCCCAGUUGCGCGGCGUCCUUGUCGACUUUGGUCUUGCUGAGCGGGAGGGUACCGACUGGCACCAAUGUGCUUGCCAUCUGCCAGAGGAGGACCGUCGCUACAAGCUUGCUCAUAGUGUCUAUGCACAGACUCAAUCGGCCGGCCACAAUGCCUCCAGCUACCCCAAGAACGACACACGGAACAGCCGUCGGGCGAAUCGAGCCGGCACGCGUGGAUUCCGAGCGCCCGAGGUGCUGCUCAAAUGCACACAGCAGACCUGCUCACUCGACAUGUGGAGUGUCGGCGUCAUCUUGCUGACGAUGCUUUCGCACCGCUUUCCGUUCUUCCACAGCGCGGACGACGUCGACGCACUGCUGGAGAUCACGACCAUUUUCGGCCGCAAGAAGAUGCGGGAGACGUCUCUCCUACACGGCCAGGUCUUCGAGACCAACAUACCUAGCUACAGCGAAGGCGGACAUACACUGGAAAAGAUCAUCCUUUGGUGCACGGGACGGACAGGAGACAAGACGCAACCGAAGAAAGAGCUGGAAGACGAAGAGAAGGAGGCAGUGCAGUUCUUGCAUCGUCUAUUGGAAUGCAACCCAGCCAAGCGUAUCACAGCCGACGAGGCCCUUCGGCAUCCAUUCAUCGCAAAGGCAUGCAUGGAGGGCGAGGAGGUCGAGGAUAUGAAUGGUCUGGUUGAGGCGUAAGAGUAAAACAAUUGUUAUGCGUUAAUGAGGCACGUUUAUCAGCAUGGGAGGCGCAUGCAUAGUAAUUGGAGUUUUUUUGGUCAUGUUCUUAUCUAGGAAUGGCGGUUUGAUGAGUUAUUGCGAUACCCUUCCAACCCGUACGCUAUCGUACGCAUGGUUACCCUUAGAACUUCAACAAUUCUACACAAGACAUGGCCUCGGGACGUGAUAAAUGUCGGGCUAAUCAUACAGCAUCCUCAUUCCCUCCAUUUCUCCCACACAACACGGGAAUAUCCUACACCACCAUCCAAAUCUUAUAUCGUCUGUUUUCGCGCAUCUUUAACCUUCUCUUCCGCUUUCUUCUCAUUCUUCGUCUUCACGCCCUCCCUAGCCC